AUGGUAGUUAUUUGGAAAAUCGAUAUGAAGGGUUUCCUAAUCAAGACACCAAACAAGUUGAAAGUAAUUUAUGGUGAGGUUUCAGGAGGGCUAGGACAAUUUGGGCCUUCAGCUAAUCACAAAAGACGAUUCCUCAAUAAAGAUAAACAACGUAUGAACAUAGUUGUUUACGGUUGGCUCCAAGUCGGGCUAGAACUUAGUUUCUACGCUAUUGAUUGGUCUUUACAGAUUCGGGUUUCUCGAUCGGUGUUGAUUGCAAGAUUAUAG